AUGUCAGUCAUUUGGCUUGUUACUGGUGCUAACCGAGGUAUCGGUUUUGCUCUCGUGAAGCAGCUAGUCAAGGAGCCUUCGAAUACCAUCAUCGCCGCAUGUCGUACUCCCGAGAAAGCUGAUGCUCUCAAAGCUCUCGGAGACUCCGUGCAUGUUUUGCAGAUGGAUGUCGGGGAUGCGGACUCCAUCACCUCGUCCGUCGAGUCUGCUCGAGCAGUUCUAGGGAGGAAGGGCCUUGAUUACCUCGUGAACAACGCCGGAAUGGCCCAAUCCGGCGAGAAUGCGUUCAACUUCGACCCUGCAGGUGCAUUACGCGUGGUUCAAGUUAACGCACUUGGUCCGGCCCUUGUUUCACAGGCAUAUCUGCCGUUUCUCGAGGUUGCCGGUCGGCGCGGGGUCAUUAUGCACAUCUCCAGCUCCCUUGGAGCGUUCUCCGUAGGCAAGAUCAGCACCAUGGCGCCUUCAUAUAGUAUGAGCAAGUCCGCUCUGAACAUGCUGGCGGCGAAGCAAGCCGCCGAGAAACCGAAUCUGAUACCGUUUACUGUCUGUCCCGGAUGGGUAUCUACCGAUAUGGGUGGCCCGACCGCCACGACUAAGCCUGAGGACAGCGCGGCGGCCCUAGUGAAGUUGGCUACGAGUGUAACCAAGGACCACGCUGGGAAAUUCCUCCAGAGAGAUGGAACAUCUACGGGAUAUUGA